UCUUCUACUCGUGCCUGCCUAAAGAGAAAAAGAUCAUGACAACUUCCUGAGGUCGUGAGUCUUCCAGUUUGGACUUGCGCUCGUGAUAGCGUGCCCUAGGAGCGGGCCGCUGCAGAAGCGUCAUGCCAAGACCCCCGAAGCAUGCGUCGUACCUUCCCUCGCGUCGUUUCCAUCGUAAGCAACGAAAAAGAAACAAAAACCUAAAUCCAACCCCAUCUCAUUCUCCUCCCUCGGAGGACUCCCUCUUUGCAUGGCACCCACGAGGAAACGCUCCCGGCAGGAGAAAGCCCGGCAGUACCUCACCGGCGGCGCCGUCCUUCGCGAAGACUCGGACGAUGAGUUGGGGUAUGAGGAUUUUCCGUGGGAGUGGAUUUGGGACGAGGAAGAUGCGGCAAAGGAGGGCCAGAAUGGAAGUGUCACACCGAGGAAGAGGAGGGCACUUGAAGGUUCAGAGGGGAAGAAGAGGCGGAUUGUAGGGGCCCGAAUGGGGAGCUUUACCUGCAAGUUGGGAGAUACGGUGCUGCUCAAGGCCGACGGAAACACUGCGUGGGUGGGCAUCAUAUGCGAGUUUCUCGAGGAGGAGUACGAAGGGGAGAAGCUGGCCAAGUUUCUAUGGUUCUCUUCGGAGAGGGAAAUUCGCAAUAAGAGCAAGAAGCGGACGGAUUUCCUGCCCAAUGAACUGUACAUAUCCGCGGCCUUCGAUGAGAAUCCCCUUACGACGAUCAAUGGUACGGCAAAGGUCAUGUCGCUCCAAGCCUUCAACCAGAAGUAUCCCAAUGGCCAGGUCAAGAAGAAUUCCAAGGACUAUGGCAAGGUGUUUGUUUGCAGGAGAGGCUGCAACACGCGCACCACGACAUAUACGCCGGAAUUCAUAUGGGAGGAUCUCUACAAAGGGGCAGACGAUAUACCUGCGCUCGUGGAGUUUGUCGAGGCUCAAACCAAGGCUACACGGAGACGACCGGGGCGUCCGAGGAAACAGGCAGAAGACGUAGGAGACUUUGUCGUCCCCGACUCUGACGAUGAAGAAGGGCCGAAGACUCCACGAAAGCGGCGUAAACUCAACGACGCAUCUACCCCUACUUCGGCAAGGAAGGACGCUCGCAAGUUCCUGACUCCAACGCACAAACGCAUAGUUGUCAAGAAGCCCCUGGAGUUCACGCCUCUGGGUACGCGAAUCCUCUCGCCCUCCGUGCUCUCCUCGCCCUUUCAGCUGGCAAGAAGCCAACUGCAUGUUUCGUCCGUCCCCGCCGCACUGCCGUGCCGCGAGGAGGAGUUUUCGACCGUGUAUAGCCAUCUGGAAGCGGCCAUCACCGACGGCUCAGGGUCAUGCAUCUACAUAUCUGGGACGCCCGGUACAGGCAAAACGGCCACGGUGCGAGAAGUCGUGGCACAGCUGCAUGCGGCAGUCCAGGCCGAAGAGCUCGACGACUUCAUCUUCGUCGAGAUCAACGGCAUGAAAGUCACCGAUCCCCAUCAAUCGUACUCACUUCUCUGGCAGGCAAUACGGGGCGAUCGCGUCAGCCCCUCACACGCCCUGGAGCUCCUGGAGCGCGAGUUCUCGACCCCCUCGCCCCGGCGCGUACCUUGCGUGGUGCUCAUGGAUGAGCUCGACCAGCUCGUCACCAAGAACCAAUCGGUCAUGUACAAUUUCUUCAAUUGGCCAGGCCUGCGGCACAGCAGAUUGAUUGUGCUCGCCGUAGCAAACACCAUGGAUUUGCCCGAACGGACACUCAGUAACAAGAUUAGCAGUCGUCUAGGUGAGUGGGUUUCAUUACAUGGUUCCUCAUCCUUUCUGAAUGCUGUGCUGCUGUGCCCCCUCGAAACGCCCCGCGUGAGAUGGGGGCCGUGGGUCAUGGUGGUACAGAUGUCUUGCCCUUCUCCCCUCAAUCUCCAUUUCCCCCAAUCAUAUGGCGAACCUGGUCGAAACACCUCGUGGGCAAUCCUCCUGUCACAACAUGUCUUAACCCGAUUCCUUCUUCCUUCCCUUCCUUCCUUCGGACACCUUUUUUUUCCACGCUAUGCUCAAGGGCUUCGAAACACGUAGAUUAUGGGUGGACGGCCGGUGACGGGUUAACUAACACG